GUCUGAUCUCCAGCACUGACCAGCCAUGCCAUCAACUAUGGAGGCCUCAGAGGGGGGAGAAGAAGGGGAAAUCUUGCGCUAUGAGGAAACAGAAGAUGACAAUGUCAGUCCCACCGACCUUUCAGAGCUGCUGAAGGAGGGGACUAAGGAAUCCCACGACCGUGCAGAGAACACUCAGUUUGUCAAAGACUUUCUGAAAGGGCGGAUCAAGAAGGAGCUCUUCAAGCUGGCCACCGUGGCACUUUACUUCACGUACUCUGCUCUGGAAGAGGAAAUGGAUCGCAACAAGGACAACCCAGUCUUUGCUCCUCUGUAUUUCCCCCUAGAGCUUCACCGGAGAGAAGCGUUGGUCAAAGACCUGAAAUAUUUCUAUGGAGAAGACUGGAAGGAGAAGAUCCAGUGUUCAGAGGCAACUCAGCACUAUGUGGACAGAAUCCAUCAUGUGGGACAGCACGAGCCAGAGCUGCUAGUGGCUCAUGCUUACACACGCUACAUGGGAGACCUCUCAGGUGGCCAAGUACUGAAGAAGGUAGCCCAGAGGGCUCUGAAGUUGCCCAGUACUGAGGAAGGGAUCCAAUUCUACAUGUUUGACAACGUUUCCAAUGCACAGCAGUUCAAGCAGCUCUACAGAGCAAGGAUGAAUGCUCUGGACUUGGACAGGAACACCAAGGAGAGGAUCGUGGAAGAGGCCAACCGAGCCUUCAGAUUCAACAUGCAGGUAUUUGAUGAACUGGACAAGACUGGCAGGUCGCUGACAGAAGAAGCCCAGGACGGCAGCUUUCCGCUCCACGAUGGAAAAGGAGACCUACGCAAAUGCCCUUACUAUGCAGACAAGCUAGGCAAGGCAGGACCCGGCUGCCCCUGUCACGCUGCCGUGGCCUUGGCAAAGCAGCCCCUAGUGCAGCUGAUCCUGGCGGCCUGCAUCGCUGUGGCAGCAGGAGCUGCGGCGUGGUACAUCAUGUGAUGGGCAGAGCGGCGCGUGGCUCUGAACGGCGGCAAGGGGAGAGGCGUGCCCCGUCCUUCCUCCACUUGUUCCCUUGCUGUUGGUGGUGAGUUGACUGCAGGGUGGAAGUAAGAGAAUAAACAGGAAUCCUCCUGCGGGACUGUC